UUCUGCAGCAGUGUGUGUGUGUGUGUGUGUGUGAGCAGCCACCGAACGAGCUCCGCUCACUGUAAUCCGACGGAUCAGUUUAGCCCGUCUAUUAGCCCGCUCAGUGUUGAUUAGCCCGGCUUUGCUUGGUCCGGCACGACCCACUGCCUCAGGAUGUCGUCCAGCCCGCAGGACCAGAACCAGGACCAGAAUCAGGAGCCGAAAGAGGAGCCGAAAGAAGAGCCGAAAGAAGAGCCGAAAGAAGAGAUGAAGGGGGAGGUGAAGGCGGAGGAGAAAGAGGAGAAAAAUGAGGAGACGAAGGAGGAGAAAAGGGAGGAUAAGAAGGAAGCAAAGAAAGAGGAGAAAAAGGAGGAGAAAAAGGAAUCCUGGAAGGAUUUCAUUUACAAUCCGCGGACCGGAGAGUUCCUGGGCCGGACCGCCAGCAGCUGGGGUCUCAUCCUCCUCUUCUACCUCGUCUUCUACGGCUUUCUGGCGGGAAUGUUCACGCUCACCAUGUGGGUGAUGCUACAGACUCUGGAUGAAAACGUGCCCCGUCAUCAGGACCGAGUGGCCAAUCCAGGUUUGGUGGUUCGUCCUCACGCGGCUCAGAUCUCCUUCAACCGCAGCGACCCGACAAACUACAACCACUACAUCCAACAGCUGCACGACCUCCUGCAGCAGUAUAACGACAGCCUCCAGGAGCGUAACGACUUGUGUCUGGUGGGCGAAUACACCGAACAGGACCGGGAGCCGGUGAAGAAAGUGUGUCAGUUCAAGCGCAGUACGCUGCGUCAGUGCUCCGGGCUGCCCGACGCCAGCUUUGGAUACGCUGACGGGAAACCGUGCGUCAUCAUCAAGAUGAACCGGGUCAUCGGACUGAAACCACGAGGAGACCCCUACAUCAACUGCACGGCCAAGAGAGACAGUCCGCUGCAGAUGCAGUACUUCCCACCAGAAGGUCGUCUGGAUAAAAUGUUCUUCCCGUAUUACGGCAAGAAAGCUCAUUCUGACUACGUGCAGCCUGUGGUCGCGGUUCAGCUGCUGUUGACAAAAGAAGAUUACAACGUGGAGCAGACGGUGGAGUGCAAAGUUGAGGGUUCAGACCUGCGCAACAACGACGAACGGGACAAGUUUAUGGGUCGUGUCACUUUCCGGGUCAAAGUGUCGGAGUAACGGGACACGCCAGUUGCCAUAGAUACCACAAACUGGGUCUAAACUGGGAAGAAAUCUGCGGUUCCGAACACUUUUUAAUCCAGACCUGAUCUAAUCCUUGAUGUCUGAAUCUGGUUUAUUCUGUUCAGAUUCUUAUGAGGAAACCAAAUCUGGACCACUGAGAGCUAAAUAUUGUUACACUGCCAUAUUGUUAACACUUCAUAUCUGAUCCUGGUUCUGGCCUGAUCUGGCUCAGACCUGUUUUUCUUGGUGGUCUAGAUCUGCUCCUCAGUGGACCAAACAGAAACCAGAGUGACUCCGGUUGAACCUGUUCAGACAGUUGGAGCAGAUUAGGCCUGUUGUGGAAGCAUGUGAGCCAGCUGCACACUGACGUCUUGUUUUUGACUGUAUGUAUAAUAGUGAUGUAAUGCAAACAAUAAUGUGAUCCCAGCAGUGUGUGACGGAGCAGCACAGCAGAGACUGACUUCGCUACAGGAAAACCUGCAACAAAAAGUGAGUUUAGGUUUCCUUUGGUCAUGGGAAACUUAGCUGGUUAGUAAUCCGAUUACUCUCCUUCCAGUGUGAAAGCCGAAUGCCACAGGAGCUGAUAUUUGGAACAUUUUUCAGCUGUAGCCUGACAGAUCAAAACAAGUCUGGUUCUGCAGCAGGAAGCCAAACUUUGACAAUGUGGACUUUGGGUUUGGAUCAGCACAGUUCAUCGUAGCAGCAGGAUGUUGUGACAGUAAUCUGAUUACUGAGUGUGUGUGUGUGUGAAGUUUUACACUUGAACAAAAGAACUUUAGCAAACCUUUCACGUACAACAGAGACGAAAUGUUGCAACUGCAGAGAGCAGAAGGAAGUUUUGAAUAUUUGAAAGAGUUUGGCUUCCUGUUUAAAACUGAAGCCUCAUUGUUUUGGCUCAGUUCUUAUCAUUAAGAAUUGCGAUGACUGCGCCCUCUAGAGGACCAACUUUACACUGUGAAGCACAGCUCUGCUUUGGUGCUCCACCUGCUGGGACCCCCAACCACCGCCGACCCCCAUUUGUCCGUUUGUCAGAAAUCAGAGAAGAAGAAAGUAAAGUUCUGCUCCACUCGCACUGUGGUUCCCUUUCACCUCCUGAAGCCACUUCCUGUUUGUCGUCCAUCAUCAGAGUAAACAUUUUUAAAUAGAUUUUAUGAACUUCGGUGUAAUCCUACCUGUACGAGCGAACGUACAGUUUAUGUAAAUGUGAAUUUGAGUGUGACUCCUAUGACUACUGUUGUGUGAUUAUUGAAGAAGAUGACAUCAGCAGAGAACCAAUCAGUCUCCAGUAAAUCGACGUCAUCCUCGCGUCUCACUGGUGUUCAAAUGCUCUCCUGAACGAGAGACGCGCCUGAAACGGACUGGACUGCGGUUUUAUUAUUUAUGUUUCUGUCUGAUGAUGUACACGGCAGCCCAACGAAACGUGAAGAUCCUGCAAUGUCAUUAUUUAUUAAUAAAACUGUUUCCACCA